AUGAGGUUGAAGCAAGAGCUUAAUGCCACCAAAGAUCAACUCAGUUGUAAAGAUAUCGACACCUGGCACACUCAUACCACAAACUGCAACCUGGCAGCCAAAAUCAUCCCAUUUGUGAAGAGCAUGGAUGUGGAGCUGUGUACUCAAGCCUGGGUGAAGUUCUAUGAGAUUCUCAGCAACUACAACAUUGUCCCCCAUCAGGACUUCCUCUCGGUUCACCUGUGUGAGGCACCUGGGGCUUUUGUGACCUCGCUCAACUACUACCUGCAGCAACAUGGAAUCGAGAUACUUUGGGACUGGAGAGCAACAACCUUAAACCCAUAUUAUGAAGCCAAUGUCAUGGGUGAAAUGAUUGCAGAUGACCGACUGAUCCGCCACACAUACCCUCAGUGGUUCUUUGGGCCCGAUGGUUCUGGGGACAUUACGUCAUACAAUCAUGUCAGAUACUUGUGUAACAUGCUGAAGCAAGUUGUACUUGAUGAGGAACUGUCUCCUUUACUCGUGACGGCAGAUGGCAGCAAAGACUGCCAGAUUAACCCGUCAGAACAGGAGUCCUCCCUGUCGCGACUGCACUACUGCGAGAUGAUUACAGCCUGCCUCAUUCUGGCUCCAGGUGGCAGCUUUGUCUUCAAGGUGUUCACCAUGUUUGAGCCAGCCACCAGCACCUUGAUGUUCCUGCUUAAUCUUAUGUUUGCACAGGUGCAUGCGACCAAGCCAGCCACCAGCAAAAGUGGCAACUCAGAAGUCUAUCUUGUAUGUCAAGGCUACAGGAAGAAUGUCCAAGAGGACACAUUGUGGAAGCUUCUAGAAUUGACUGUCUAUAACAAGAACAUCAGCGGGACAUUGAACUUUGUCAGAGACAUUCCUGUCAGCUUUCAUCAAGAGCACCAACUGUGUUGCCAUAAAUUUGCCCAGAUGGGACCUGAGAUCCGUCAGUGGUUGCAAGACAUCCAGGUGUAUGUGCUACAAGAGUACAUCACUCGGACAAAUAUUUCAUAUCUCCCCAGUUACAGAAGGCGUUCUGCAUUCAUCGCCCAUUUCUCAAAACCUGCCCAGUCUUCACACAGCCGAGCUGGCUGGCAUCACAAGAACCUCAGCGGCACUUUCCAGCUGCGGCAGAACCUCAGUAGCAUGUCCUGGCACGACCGUGUGGCAUUAAUGGAAGUCCGGGAUAAUCCUCAGCCAAAUAUCAUCUUACAGUCUAGGCACCCCAUCCGUGAAGAGGAAGUCGAAGAUUGGACAGAUGUUGAGAUUGGCGCCACAUUUUCUGUCAUCGACAACUCCAGGCUGUGUGAUAAUGCUCUUCUGAAGGACUUGAACCUGCUCCAGCAGAAUCCUGAGGUCAAGAGUUACAUGCAGUCGAUGUUGAUGGAUCAUGCGGUUCAGCUGGGGCAGAUACUUGCCCAGCUUAUGUCUGAGGUUCGCACCAAGCCGUCUACCAGCAAGCCGACUGUUUAUUGGGUGGGAGCCUCUAGGGGCAAGGAUUCAGCACUUUACAAGUCUUUCAUUGACAACACGGACGGUCCCGUACAUGUUCAACACGUUUUUGCAGAUGAAGAUUUCGGGACGAUGACUGCUUCACCUAACCUACCAGUUCAGGUCUUUUGUGACGUGACUUCAUUCUGUGACGACAGUGACCAGUCUGGCCACUCUUCCUGUGAAGAACUAAUCACCAGGAAGAAAUGUCUGGACACAGUGUUGCUGCUGCUCACGCACAUGCCACGCUGUGACCGACUCAUUCUCCUCACUACAACCUGUUUGUCCCGCCUCAAUGCUGGAUUGUUAUACAUCCUGGCAAGAUCAUUUCGUACAACCUGCUGGCAGGGAGAAGCAGGCAUGUGCUUACACCAGUUGGUUGUGCUGGACGACUACAUGCCGGUCAGUCCGGCCCUGCUGGAGCAUCUCUCCCACACCAGGCAGCUACUGGCUGACCAGCGGAACCCAGGUCAGGCUACAGCCAUGGAAGUGGUCAAGUUCUGCUCUGUUUUGAGCGACCGCAAGUUUGUACAGUUUGUGACUGCUUGCAAUAACUAUCUUGUCACUGGCUUCAUCAACCAGACAUUGCAGCAUUACAGACAAGGGAAGACAGACACAGACACUGUCGCUCUGAUAUCGUUGUGA